UUUCCUCUGCGAAAUGUCGCGUUUAUAAUAUCCGCGUCGUGGCGCGGCGCAGGAGAUAAGAUGGGAUAAACGUGCAGCUGUGUGUAACAUGAGGAGCUUUUGUGUGCGCAUCACCUCCCGCGAACAGCGUCCUGAGCAGCAUCCCUUUAAACCUCAAGUGCUUCCUUCUUACACCGAGACGCGAACGUGACCGCGCGUGCCAGGAAGGAUUUAUUCGCACAUCGUUUCUUAAACAGCCAUCCGGUAAUUCUGAUAUUAAAUGACAACGCGUGAUGUGGAAAUGCGGAUGCGGGUAAAGAAAAAUAAGACGGAGAAGUCAUUGGAGGAGCUUUAGGUGUCUGGACCUCCGUUUAAAGUCAAAGCGAGGCACGAGAUAUGGAAACAUUUCUAACUGAAGAUCGUCUUGGACCAAUGCAAAGGGGUCGAUUUGUGCUCUGCGCAAUGAAAUGAUACUGAACGUGCGAUGGCAUGCGAUUCAUGAUGUGCAUCCGACCACAAUCCAUGCCAGGUGUAAACAUUCGGUUGAAAUGGAGGAUGAAGAUGGUACUUGUUUAUUUGAUGUUUUGUGUGACCCUCAAGCUCUGAAUGAUUUUCUUCAUGGGACAAAUGAGCUGCCAAGUGGAGACUUACUCAUUAAUUCAUCCUCCGGAGAGCCGUCACUCUUCACAGACACUCCAAGCCCUGCGUCUCUGUUAGCAGAUGAUGCUAGUUCUCAGGACACUCCUGUGUCUGGGUGUGUGGAUCUUUCCUUUCUGGAUGAGGCACUGCUGGCAUCACCAGGAUCCUCACUUGGAAGUGGAGAUCCCGAGGUGCAAGAAGAUCCCAAUGUCCAACUAGUGGAACAACAAAAAGAGUCAGUCGAGAUCUGUGACAUUCUCCAGCAGAGUCUCCAGGAGGCUGACAUCACUGAGGAUACUCUUGCAUUAGAGGCAGGACUUGCCCAGACAGUAGAAACUCUCCAGUUUGGUUUGUCUGGCACAUCUAUUCCUUUGCCUUCAACACCAUAUUUCUCCAAACCAUUGACCCUUCCUGGCUUGAGCUCUUUACCAAAGGACACCCAAACAGCAGUGGAGCCUCCUCAGCCAUCUUUAUUAGCUGUUGGCCCAGGCUGCCCCUCACUCAAACCUCCAGGAACACAGUUAAUGAGUCUACUUCCUGGGAAUGUCUUCCCUGCCCCUCCACUCGAGGCAUCCUUUUCUAUUAAUUCAGCACAAAGCACCAGCAUGAUUUUCCAAAAGACCCUACCAACCCGCCAGAUGUUGACUUCCACCAUUAGAACAAUUAGCCCAUCAGGGGUCAUGUUACAAAAGAACCCUCUACCUAUUCAGCCUAAGUUACCAGUUAGCAUCCAGCCCAGGCUCGUGCAGAUCAGUCCCAGGCCAUCAGGACAGAAACCAUUACCAGGAUUUGCCUUCAUCUCAACAAAUAUGUCACAGAGUGUCUUUUUACCCCCUUCUGCUGGCUCAAAGCAGUCCUUACAAGCACAGCCCGCACCAGGUGUAAACAAACCUGUUAGCUUGAAUCUGGUUGGUCAGGGAGGCCCCAUUGUCAUUCAGCCCCAGAAUCCUUUUCAGGGUCAGAGACAUUUCUUUCUGCCAAGCCAAACACCUGCAACUUUGUCCCAGUCUACCGGCAUCCCAAGGUGUAUUCUUAGUACACCAAGCAAUCAGGUGUCUAACAAACCCAAUGUUGACAGUUCUCACAUUGUGACUGUACGGCCAAGGCAAAUCAACUUCGGUCCUAUUUUCACCUCCCCAACUGGACAGCUCACCCUCAAACAAGGGGCUCUUCUGUCAGGGUCCUUACCGAUUCGGUCAACACCUCCUACAGCCUUCCAGACGCCAACACAACUAGCACGAACAUAUGCACCUCAAGUGCAGGGGCAGCAUGCAAUUGUUCAAAACACAGUUGGAAACCAGAUCACAUUGAUUAAUAAUGCCAAUAUGCUUAUUCCUGAUAUAACCGCUAUACCAGUAGAAAAUGGCCAGUCUAUGAUACAAAGUCAGCCUUUGGUGCCUCAAGCCCAAAGUGCUCAAAAAAGUGGACCUGAUGGAAAUGCGUGUUUUACCCAGAAUUCAGUGCUUCUCUUCUCAGAGAGAACAACAGAGGAUAAACAGGAGAAAGUCAACAAACUGUUUCAAGAGAGCAGAUUGCUUCCUCCAGCUUCAGUUGAAGCACCCGUUGCAGAGAUUCAUCCUCCGCCCUCUCCAGUAUCAACUUUACUACAGUCAUCACCAGAUAUUAGUUGUACCCCUGAGACAGUGUUGUCAUUAUCUCCCCAGGUGAUUACCCAGACAGGAGAGCAACAUUUUACUGAAGGAGAUCAUAACCCUUUGAAUAACAAUCAGGCCUCAGUGCAUCCUCCACAACAGUAUCCUCAAAAACCCUCAGCCAGCCAAGAUUUCUUAGCAGCAACUCUGCUUGUGCAAAUGGACAACCAUAUCUCUGCUGCUGUAGGUGAAGCUGAGGACUCGCUCACAUCCUUGACUGCAUCUGAGACUUUCUCUUCAUUGUGCGAGAGUGAAGAGAUUCUUAUGCCAGCAUACCAUGGUUUAGAGCACACAGAUAUUCUACUGCAGUCUUCUAUUGGUCAGUGCUCUGUCAAGACCACAGACUCCCUGAAGAGCUCAACAACUUCAGUCUCAGCUGAGCAGAAUUCCUCUGUGUUGAUUGCUCUUGGUGCUGACCCCAAAUGUCCAGAGGGUCCAGUAAUGAGUAAGAGCCCUUCUUCCUCCUCUGAGAAGUUGUUUAUGUAUCCGGAGCACUUGAGCCAAAGUCAUGUGUUAACUGAGCUAGGCAGAACCUCAGAGUCAACCUGCCAUGAAUACAAAACGCAAUACAGUGAACAUGACAGAGAGCUCACAGCCCCUAGGAACAAUGGGAUAAUCUCUUUGAAUCAGACUGAACUACAGGAGAAGGUACAUCUGGGGCCCAGGCUGCUUGCCCAGGACAAGGAAAGCUACUCAGCACUUCAGAAGACUCCCACUGCAAGUGUGGAUCCAAAAGAGGAGAAUCUGAGACUAACAAAGAAGCAACACAGGUUCAAACAGCAGAUGUUUUUGGACCACAGUGCUGUUCUCAACCCAAACACUUCGGCUCCAUUUGUUUCAGUGGAGGAUGCUUUGAGACAUUUGUUGCCAUACCAUACUUGUGCUAGAACUCUUCCCAACCAGGCUGAUUUUAUUUCAGUGGACAAGCAGUUUGAGUGCGUUUCAGUCGUUCUGUUUAAACGAAUCAAAGACAUGCUGAACAAGUACAGGAAACUACUUCUCACUGAAUCCCAGCAGGAGAGCCCAUCAGCAGAGAUGGUGAUGCUAGAGCGUUUAUUUCUCCAGUCAGAGAGAGUCUCACUGGCCGAGGACAGACGCAAAGCCAGAAGAGAUCCAGCAGAGUCCUUCCUCAUGUCCCGGGUGAAGAACUCAUCUCAGCACAGCCAGGUAUCAUCGGUCCAGACUGGCCUUGUCAGUUGUCCUCCAUCUCCACCAUCAUGGACUCUGCAAUCUGACAGACCUCCUGGUCUCAAGACAUAUCGCUCUAGCAGCAAAGGAGCAAUACGCCUCACUAUCAAACAAGAGUCAGGAUCCCGCAAAGUUAUCCACAACUCAUGUGAUGCCUCACAUGUGAUCUCUGGGUUUAAACGAAACUACAGCGGGCAGUUAACAAAGGGAGGAACCAUGCAGGGGAAAGGUGAAUCUCUCAAGCCUCAUUUGUCAAGUGUUGCAGAGGACAAAAAUGCUCAGAGGCCAGAUCAGCUAAACAAGAUGAAAUUGCACAUUGACACGGAGGCAAUUGGGACAGGUAGUAAAUCGCAGAACCUGUUUGAUUCUGUGGCCACUCAAGACUGUGUAGGCCCAAGGGUGCAAGGCUCACUUCCAGAGCAGUGCACUCCGAUGCUUAAAAGGAACAAGCUGGCUUCUUCGACAGCAGAGUCUCCCAGUUUGACGGCAUUAGUGGAAGAUGGGGAACUGAGUGAACACCUGCAAAGUGCUUUAGACAGCAUCCUGGAGCUGCAAAGGCUGCAGGGAUCUGUAGCAGGGGUUAAACCCAACAUCCAACAGCCUUGUGCACUGGAUCAGACCGUCAGCAGUAUACUGGAAGGACAACUAUAAGAUGGAAGAGCUAGAUGAUGAAAGGAAAAGCCUGAAGAUUCAGGAUAUUUGGCUUUUAUUUCCUGCGAUCCACAUCCAGCAGAGACCCAUUUUUAUUCAUUCAUUUUCCUGAGGAAGAAAAGUCCCAAUUAUUUAUUGUGUAAAUAGAAUCUGGAAAGCUUCUUGAAUGUUUGAAACGUUUUUGUGGAGAUACAUUAUACUAAUUUAUAGUCUUUUAUCAGUUUAAGACAUCUUUAAAAACAAGUGCAGUUUGGCUAUAUGUAUAUGCCAUUUUGAUUGAAUGUGUCUAUAAACAAGGUUAUUUCUCUUUUGAUGGGGACUUUGGUUUGCUUGACGUUGUUUGGUGGUUUUUAGUAGCUCUUUACCAAACUCCGGGGCCCCUGAGGAAGCAAACCAGAGUACAUUUGAAAACGGCAGCUUGGGGUACAGUUCAUGUGGACAUAAACUGGCCUAACAGCCUUAACCUGCCUUAUACAGCAAUUGUGAGAAUGUACCAAGGCAAAUUGCUAGGUCACAACUCAUGUUAAGAAAACACCAGCCAAACGAACCAAACUGACGUCAAGCAGACCUGGAUCUGCAGUAUAAAUGCACAGACAGUUCAGAGAACAAUGUCAGCUCCCGCUUGUUUACCCCCAAAGAAAAUAUACCCUUUGUCAUCCUAAAGUCACCAGCAAAACCACCAGUGAGAUUUCAUAAAUGUGUUAUCCUGACACUGAAAAUGUAUCGGAAUCUCUUUUGAUUAUCUGGCAGACGUAAAGUAUGCCUUAUUCUGUAAUGAACUGUACCAUUCCAGUUGUGGUUUAAGACAAGAUGCAUAAAUGCAAAAGCAAUAAGUAACAGACGGUUGAUAAAACAUGGUUGUGCCUCAAUCGAAUUACAGCAUUCUUUUGCAUUUCCAUUAGAUCAUGCAGCUAUUUGAGAAGUAUGAGUCACUCCUGAUGCUCAAUACACACUUAAUACAGCUAGAAUACAGAUCGUGUAUAACUCUUAAAAAUUCUGUAUCUGUUCACCAGAACCUAAAACGAUAACUAAAGACAUCCAGUCUAUAGUUAGCUAUAGGAUUACAGGCUGUAGAAUUAUGCUAAUGUUUUUUCUUGACAAUCUACUACAAUGCUCAUGUUAUGCCAGCAAUGAUCACUUCAUUAUUAUAACGGAGUAGUAUGGUGAGGCAUAUCAUAAGCGUUUCUAGUCCCAUUAGUUUUGUCACUCGAUACACAUUACAAAUAUUUUGCUCAAGUUACGUUCAUGUUAACUUUUUAUGCAUUGCUUCCCUGACAAAUGCUAUGCACUACUCUUACAGAACACUUAGCCGCCAAGCUAAUACUGUGACUGGCCCUAAAUGUGACAAGAAUUUUGUAACAAAUUAUUUUGUUUGAUUUAAACUUAUGUACUAAACUGUGAAAUGUAGCAUAUUUGACACUGAUCCAAAACCGAUAUUUGACAAACGGAUUGUUCUAAUGCCACAAUCUAAGGAGGCCUUAAAGCUGCAGUACAAGAUUGUCAGAAUCCCUAGAUAAAUCACUACUAAUGUUAACCCCUACUUUUAGACCCCCCCCCCCCACAUUUCUUUUAUACAAUUCUAUAGAUUAUUUAUUAAAUCUGGAUUUUCUAAGUAAUAAACAGUUAA